UCCAUUGUUAUUACCGAGCCGAAGCACGAAAAUGCAAUCUUCCCCCAGGAACUAGUUCAAACAACGGUUCUUUAUUGACACGCGUUCGGUAGAAACUGCAGUUCCUUCCAAUCAGCGUACAAUAUAUAAAAAUUGAUUGAGGGAAUGACAUGCCGAUACUUUUACAUGCAUCGAUUAGGCGUGGUAGGCAGUGCUUACUACGAGCGCCACGGGGGAGGUGGGAACUACCAAUGUCUCCCCUCAGUCCCGCAGUGGGGCAGGUUCCAAGAUGGAUUCCAGUCAAACAGUUACAUGUAUGGAGUGGAAUACCAAGUCAAUACAUUCAACCCGUUCCUGUCGAGUCCUCUAUCAGGCAAGCAGUUACUCGAUCAGAACGCUGUGUGCGCAGUGUGCCGUGUACCCGAUCGUGCCAGCGAACAAAUGAUCCCUGCCUGGAACACAUGCCCUCCGAGUUGGUCACUAGAAUACCAUGGCUACCUCAUGUCGUCGCACAACAGCCACAAGGGUCGGUCAAACUUCGUGUGCGUGGAUGAGGAUCCAGAGGUGAAUUCGUCGGGAGAUGGAAACGAGGACGGAGGUCUGUGGUACCCCGUGGAGGCUCACUGCGGGUCACUGCCAUGUCCAAACUACGUGAAUGGACGGGAGAUCACCUGUGCUGUCUGCACUAAGUAGUGCACAUAUUUCAAUCACUGUAUCAUUCGUAACUCGGCUUGACGAUCUGGAUUAAUACGUACCGAUUAAGAUAAUCGACUCAGUAGAUUAGAAAAUAAGAUGCUAAUACGAACUACCCUCCAAAUACAUAAUAUUAUCGAAAUUAUCAAGAGCGUAUUAAGUUAGGUUAUUAUACUUAAUACGCUCUUGAAAUUAUCUAUUGCAGAAAAUCAUGUAAUUCCUUAUGCGAUUAGUUAUUUUGGUUAUGGUCAUCCCGAUAAAUUUUCCGUAUGCAAUUCUUAUUGACAAUUAAACAUUCACUAUUCACAUUA